UUUAAGCAGUCAACCAUCUUAGAAACAUUUCAAUAUUAACGUAUAUUUGACUGUUUUUUUGUUAAUAAUGUGAAUUUUGAACGCAGUUGUGCCCAUUUUGUCCGGGGCGCAUGGCUCGUCUGUGCCUGUGCUCUGAUUGAGCUUCCGUUCAAGUCCCCGUUAGUUGUUAGUUUUAGUUCGUGGGAGACCGUUCUUCGGUUGUACUGCAAAGUGCAGUUAUGAUAUUGUCGGUCUGUUUUGGGAUCUAAAUAAACAGCCCAAACUGACUAAUCUAUUUGUUAUUAGACUGCUAUAGAUAAAUCUUGUUGUAGUUUAGUUCAAAUAAGUGCCAGUUUUUGUUUUGGAUUGUAACCUUUUGUUGUUUUCAUUGAUGUCCUGAGCUGAAGACGUGAGAUCUGAGUGUCAACUCCAGUGAAGCACAACAUGCUAAUCGGUCAGACUGAUGCUUCAAGCAGCAAGAACUUCAAUCUCCAUCGGACAUAAAAGAAAAUUUCAUCUGAUUUUAUCGUAUCGAUCUUUGUGUAGUUUUCAACGUAUAUCAGUGAAGAGCCAUGAGUAAUAACGUUAUUCGUGUUGUUAUCAGUGAUUGUGAGAAAUAGCAGGCUGUGACGAAAAAUUGUGCACCAGUUCAAAAUGAAGGGUAAAGAGUGGAACAAGAGACAAUCAGUUAAUGCAGUUAGUUUGUCGCUGACCUGCAUAUUUUUAUUUUUGGCUGUGCAACUAUCUGAUGGAAAAGAUUCAUUUGUAUCAAAAAUCAAUGAAAUUACCAAAAAUCUGAAACAAGCUGUUGGUUUAUUGGACUUCAAUGUCGCUUAUACGGACUUUGUUAACGAUGCAACGUACUACAGUAGUACGGAGUUCAAUGCAGGAGGGAUGGCAGGAUUGUAUAAGUUGACUCGUUUGUUCAUAAACGUUUUUGCUCCAAAGGAUAUCUUAAUGGAAGGAUUGAUAUCGAUUGAUGCUGGGAAUAAUAUUAAUAUAGUAGAGAAUCCUGAUUUCACUGCCAUCACCAAGUACUAUGCCAGUUUGGUGGCAAUUGUGGUAUUUUUGUUGUUAUGCGUGGUGCUUUUUCCCUUAUGUGGAUUAUGCUUCUGUUGUUGCCGAUGUUGUGGCAAUUGCGGUGCCAAAGCGCUACCAUCCGACAAAAGAAGGGAUACUUCCAAAAAAGUGAUUCAAGCAAUUCUACUGAUAAUGUGUACCACAGGAUUACUGUUUUGUAUCGUUUGUGCGUUCGCCAGUAACCAACAACUGGAGGACGGAGUUCAGGAAUUUCCCACAAAUUUAAAUUAUAGCGUUAGGGAUACUGAAACCUUUAUGGAUACCACAAACGCCCACCUUCGUCAUUUAUUAACCAACAAUUAUCAGGAAUUUUCUACUGCGCUCAAUAAUGUUUUACAAAAUGGUACGGAGAUUGCAAUGAAUCAGCUGUUUGAGUUUGCUGGUGCUGCCAAUCUAACAAAACUGUUCGAUUUUUCUGAGAAUUUGGGAAAUGUGAAUAACACCCUGUAUGAGCUGAAAAGCGACACUAAUCGACUAAGGGUUUAUGCGUCUCAGCUAAACGAUGCCCUUAGGAAAGUGAAACGAGAUCUUACCAAAACUUUAAACGAUUGCUCAUAUUUGCCGGAAUGUUCAGACUUUAAAAAGAAGAUAGAUUUGUUACAAACAAAUAUAGAUUUUAGCCAGGUCCCUGAUGUGAGCAGUACAAUUGCAAGUUUAGGUAGUCUUAAUAUAGCUAACAUUCAAAACGACGUAGAUGCUGGCCAGAAAUCGUUAAACAAUAUUAGAGUCAGCUUAUCAGAUGCUUUGAAUAAAGGUUUAAAUGAAGCGAAGACACAGUUGGCAAAUGGACAAACCAUAAUCACAGAAAAUCUUGAUAGCGUUACUGGCUCUGUGAAUGAUGUGAAGAAACAAAUCGAUUCAUCUGCGUCCAAUGCUAUUAAAAGUUCGCAACAAUUCAUUGAUAAUAAUGGAAAAUAUCGAUUUUAUUUUGGCGUAACCAUCAGCUGUGCUUUGUUAUCAAUAGUUGUCUUUAUUUUCUUCGGUCUUAUUUGUGGAGUGUGUGGGAAAAGACCUGAUGGCUACAGUGACAACUGUUGCAAUAAAGGAACUGGUAGUAACUUCUUAUGCUGUGCUGUGGCGUUCAUGUUCCUCUUUGGCUUUAUUAUCUCACUGAUCACGCUGCUGUUUCUCCUUGUGGGAGUAAUUUCAGAGCGAGUUAUUUGCGAUCCCUUAAGUAAUCCCGAUCCAGAUCAAUUUACUCUAAUACGAUUAUUGGAUGACUACAACCUGGACUUUGGUAUUGAUGUGACUCCCAGUACUUUGCUGUCGAAUUGUUUCCAGAAUAAAAGCAUUUACACCACGUUUAAUUUGCAAACAAAGUUUAAACUGGACGAAAUUCGAGCCAAGUUCGAUAUUUCGGAAGCAAUGAAAAAUCUCCAGUUUAAUGGUUCAAUUAUUCCUGAUAAUUUUACAAUCAUUGAUGGGAACACUUUAGACAACUUGGCAAAGUUUAAUCCAGAUAUUAAUUCGGACGGCUUCAUAGAUGAGUUAAGCCGGAAUUUAACCAAUUACAACCUGGAUGAGUUAUCGGAUGGUUUAAGAAGUGUAAUUUCUGCGUUACCUUCCAGUAGAGAGACUUUGAAAUCUGAGCUGGAACUUAGUUUAUUGCAUUUGAACACUUAUAAUGAAAAAUUAAUUAUCCCAAUGAAGAACGUGUCUCAAACACUAGUGGCCAAUGUUUUAAACUUGACAGAACAACUCAAUAUGGGCUACAACACCUUCCAGGAAGCAAUAGAAGCUUUAACAGAAGACAUUAAUCACAUUCAAGAUGUAUUGCGCACCGAAGGGCCUGCCCGAUUAAACGAGACUGCGCAGAUUUUUGCCAACACUACACUGAUGAUAAUAACAACUUAUUUAGAUAGAGUUCAGGAUCAUAUAGAAGUAAAAAUUGGGCAAUGUGGUCCUCUAAGUCUAGUCAUUAACUCUACCCUCACUUCAACUUGUGAUAAAGUAUUAACACCUUGGAAUGGAUUUUGGUUCAGUCUCUUCUGGACAAGCAUCCUAUACGUUAUUACAAUUUUUGUUGCUACAAGUUUGGGUAAUCUCUACAAGAAGCAUAAGCCAUAUGAUCAGUACAUUGAAACCGAAUAUUUGUAUGACGCGUAUGCCGAUCGGGGGGAUAAUAUUCCCUUGAACAGCCGUGGAGGUAAACGCAGCAAGAAGAAAGGAAAAAAGUCGAAGAGGUACGAGGAAAGGCCAAAUGCAGGACGUGAAGUUGCCAGGGAUUAUGCAGCUGGGUCUCAUCCACCUGGCGAGCGAUAUGCAGAUAUGGCACCUAAACACUGGGAGGAUUUCCCAAACGGGGGACCACCGCAUUACCAGCGAGCACCAACGGAAUACGAGCGGCCCCCACCAUAUUACUACCCUGGAAGCGGAGGGGAACAGUAGAUUUUAAACAAACCCGACUGAAAUAGAGGAGUGUACACUGGAAAAGAAUAGCGAUUGUACAGACUGAAACAGUUUAGCAAUUUUCGUUGUUUUUAUCAUUUUUAUUGGUAGAUAAAAAUUAGGCAAAAAACAUCAUUGUUUACGUCAAGUUGUACAUUUGCGUUACUCACAUUUGGACUGUCUCUAGUAAAUGUAAGUUGUUCGAGAUUCUAUGGCUUUUAAUUUGUGAUAUGUGUGUAAAUACAGUUUAGUUAUUUGCUUUUGAUUUACUGCACUUUAUUGUGUGCAGCAGUGCUUCAAACCGAUGCUACAUAUCGGAUUUCUCUAUGCGAAUAGGUAAAUAUAUUAUAGAUCAAAAUGUUCAAGGCAUGUGUUCCGAGCUAGUUAAUCAACCCUUUCGAACACAUUCCAAUACAUCAUGUGCUCAAUAUAGAUUAUUUUUAUAUUGUAGCUGUGCUAUUAUUCGUUUUCCUAAUCAGAGUUUUGUGUGUUGUGGAAUUGUCACAGGCUGUUCUUUUUGUUAUGCGAUUAUGAUCCACUAGGCAAUUUAUAUUUAGUUAAUUUGGCUACUAGCAAAGUUUUGUGUGCUCUUGUUUUCUUAGAUAAUUUUCUUGAUCUGAACAAUUGCACACUUAGUUUAAAUUUUAAUGGCUUUUAAGCAAUUACUAAGUUAAUGAAGAACGAACUAAAAAUACACAUUUUUUAAAUUCCAAGCUAAUUUAAUUAUAAUAAUCUAACGUAGUGGCAGUUUGUUUGUCUUUUGUCUGUUUCAAAUGUUAUUAUGUAGCAUUAAUCAGCACUUACAGUUAGUAGAAAUUGACAAUUUAAAACUUAGUGUUAAAAAUUCUCAUAGUUGUUAAUAUAGUUGUACGUUUUAUUUGGGGGCACAAAAUCUAAAACAAAUGCAUUUAGGUAUAUGUCAGUAUUUUACUAUAAUAUAUGUGCAUGUACUCUUCCAUAUAAUUAACAUGGUUUGUGCUCAAUUUUUUAAAAAUCAUUAUAUAAUUGAGGCCAAAUUGUUGCCAUAUUAAACAUCUCGUAUUUAUUAUGUGUUAUAUGGAUAAAUGUUCCAACGUUUAUACAUAUUAAUAAAGUGAUAWAAACUGCA